AACUUAAGAUGAGCGCAACAAGCAACCAACUUCAACAACUUCAAAAAUAUAUUAUUGAGAAAAACAUUAAUUGUCAUGAUUACACUCGUUUUAGGAUCGUUGAAUUAAUUAAAAAUGAGGGAUUUACAAAAGUGUAUCGUGCUGUUUUUAAGAAUAAAAUUACCGUUAUAUUAAAAUCAAUCGAAAAUAAUUAUCUAACGAUUAAUGAAGUCAUUAAUGAGCUUAAGUUAUAUCAUAAAAUGGACAUACACCCUAAUAUUAUACGGUUUAAUGGUGUUACUAGAAAAGAAGGAGAUUCAAGUAUUAUACCUUAUAUGUUAAUUUUUGAGGACGUCAACGGUGGAACUUUAAAAUCAUAUUUACAUGAAAAUUCACAACAACUUUCAUGGAAUGAUAUGGUUAAAUUUUCAUUGCAAAUUGCAAGUGCUGUUAGAUAUUUACAUGCUAAAGGAAUAUUUAAUCUUGGAUUG